CCGCACCGAGCAAUUGGACAGCUGGACUACCGCCACGGUCAAGCGUAGCACGUGGUCGAGGCUCGAUCAACAUGGCGCUAUCCUCGAAACGCGAGGAUGUGAAGCAAGUACCGUGGUUCUCUCCGGCCGAAUGGCACGACGUGUACAAACAGAUUUACUCUAAUGAUACGGCCGAACAAGCGAAAGCGUACGAAGUGCUUUUAGCAUGGAAAGCCAGGAUACCGAAACUGCCGGCAGGCGUGGACUGUACCCUGUCAGUCCUGCAAGUAUGCCUCCGUGAUCGUGAAUGGACGUCUAAAAUUGACAGUGGCGAGCUGCCGAUGUAUUACGAGCACGAUUUGAGUCUGAUGUACUCGACCACAAUAAUGAGAUUAUUGAACCACAUAUCUAACCUAGGGCACACGAGGGAGACGUCUCUAUUUAAAAUCGCCGAUCAGCUGAGAAUUCCAGCGUGGAUAGUCAACUUGAGACACGAGGCAGCCCAUGGACAUGAAUUGCCUUCUAUCAGCGUCUUGAGAAUAGCGAUUAACAUAUUGCUCAAGUGGUUACAUGAUGAAUACUGGGUAGCCGAGGCACGUGCAAUGGAGGAAUAUUAUACAAAAGAGAACAUUGCAGAAGAGGUUCCUGUAGAGGAAGAGAAAGGACUCGAAGAAGUCCAGGCCUUUGCAGACUUGAUCGAAAUUUGGUCAGCCGUUUCUUUGUAUAUUAAUGCUGGUCACGAGUUGGUGUCAAAUUUACCAGAUGAGCAGUUACAGGGAAUACUGCAAGAUCUACGCACAUAUAUGCUAUCGCAAUAUAAUAAUAAGACUUUAGACGGCAACGAGAAUGAAUAUAUAGUCACCAGUAGAAAAACCAUAAAACUUCUUGAGAAAGAAUAUAAUCUGAAAGCUGCACAAGCUUUAAUUUUGUCCGAGAUAUCUGUGUGUUUGACUGGAAAUGAAUCCACAAAUACACAUAGAAAGGGUGACAUGAUCUGCGAUGCAUUGUGCAGAAAUACAGCUUUUCUAUCAAAUAAAGACAUUCUGAAGAUUUUUCAACAAGGAGGCCAGAAAACUAAGAGUAAUAGUUUGAAAGGGAAGAUUUUGCCAUCCCGUAUACUUCAGUGUUGGAAAGACAUCAUUGUCCUACUGCAUAGAAAUGGGAUAUUAGAAACUUUAGUGUUUAAAUUGCUUGAUAUUGUAAAUCAAGAACAAGAAAGUAAGGAAAGAAGAACUUCCGCAGCUUUGUGGAUAAGUUCUAUCGUCUACAGUUUCAUUCAAUUGGACAUAGCUCAAAAUAUUUCUCAUGUUGUGGAACAUACAUUGAGGAAAUUGGACACAAAGACCGUGAGUCAGCACAUUAGAAAGCAAUUACGCUGUAAUUAUCCAUAUUUGCAGAAUGUCCUGUGGUUAGACAUUUCCAGUACGAUGCCACACUUCCUUACGGACAUAAACUUUCUGUCGAAACUAUUGUUACACGCAAAUGAAUUCUCUAAAAGACUAAUAGAGCCAAUCUUGAAAUUUGCUAUGCCAAAAAUAGACGCGCAAAUGAAGGAACAUUUGUUAUGUUUACUUAAAACUUAUACAAGCUUGCACGUUCCAAAGCAUAACGACAAGGAUACUAGCAACGGAGAUAUUUGCGAUAAAAUAUAUACCGUUGAGAAUUUCAAAACAGUCUCAACGGCAACUGAGCAAAUACACGCGAGAAAGAACACGAGUAGAAGAAAAACUACUUAUGUAGCAGACCAAGUAAUUCGCAAUUUGCAUUGGAAAUCAGCACUUGAUACUCAUCAGUGGAUUGAAUCUCCUAUUGGUUUAUUACCAUGGCAAAUGGAUUCAUUGAGAAGUUUGGAACCACUCGAAGUAAACACACCGAGACAUCCAGUUUCAGUCUUAGAUUCCCGAAUAAUUGCCGGAAUUAUAAAUCAGAAAAACUUGGGGAUGCAAAGCAUUAAGUGGAACAAAAUUUUGCGAAAAAAGAGAAGGACAAUAAGGAAACGUGAAAAAGCGGUUGCGGUUAUAAUGGACAGAGCAUUGGAGAUCGACUAAAGAAUAGACAUAAUACAUAGACAUUGCGACAAAAUAUUACCGUUUAUCACAAAUUGCUUCUAUAUUUCAACAAUUCAGGUAUAUGCAUUUAUGAUAUAAAAUAAACCCGCUCCUUUAUUUUAAUCAUAUUUACAUUGUAAAUGAUAAAUAUGAAACUUGCAAUAAAUGUAAAAAAAUAACUGCUCUAUGAUAAUGUAUUGCAGAAAUGAAAAGUGCCCUUCUCAUGCAUCCUAAUGUAUUUACACGAACGUACUAUCGAUAUUAACCAUA